AUGGCCGCCACCGCCAUUGGCCAUUUGAAGGGCCUGGCUGCUGAUAGCGGCGUGUCUGACUCGGCCAGCGUCAAUUCGUCAGCUUCAUCCGUGAAGCGGAAGCGCGACUCGACCGACAACGGUGACCAGGUCAUGGUUGAUGCAGCAGCCGAAGCAAAUGGCUCCGACGUGGACAGCAACGAAUCGCAAUCCAACGGCGGUAGCUCCCGCGAUGACACACCUACUGCAGCCACCACUAGCACUGCCGGCAAUCGGGACGAGAAGAGGCUGAUUUAUGACUACUUUGAAGUUUUGUCCAGCUUCGACAAGUCAGAUCCUCCCAUCCUGAAGCGACCGCUUCCAGAGCUAUCGGCGUCAGAGGAGCCGCAGGCAAAGCGCCAGAAAUCCAAUGGCAGUCCGAGUCUGCCUCUCCCGGCCUCCAUCGCCGACAAGGUGGCACACGAUGUCUACGUUCUGCUUGAUGAUCUUGUCGAAGAUUUGGCGACCGUCGUCAGCUCAGAGAUGGCGUCGCUGACGGCCGCGGCUCCCAAGACCGAGGCCGAUGCGAAGCUUGACGAUAGCACAAAGGCUGCAGAUGCAGCUAAGCAGCGAGCCCUUGCACAGAUCACCAAGUUCCGCAGAAAGGCCCACGAGCUGUAUCGACGUGAGACGGCAUACCCAAGCUCAGGCCCGCUCACCAGCAACGAUACGGCAAGCGAAGACGGGGAUGCCAUCCUUACCGUCUUUGGAAACACCCCCCAGCCUCGGCAGCUGUUUUCCAGUCUUCCCCACCGGGUGCCUGCCAAGCGUAGCAAUGCGGAGGUUUACAAGACCGAUGAGGACGACAAGGACUCCAUCGAAGAGGUUGUCCGUGAAGACAGCGAGCUCGACCUGGGCGGCAACAUCAUGUUCACCCGACUGUUCCCUGGCCAGAGCACGGCGAAGCCUGGCCGCGUGCUUACAUUUGGAGAGCUGUUUCCGUCGCCACGAAAUUUGCCGCCCCUGCAGCCACCGAAAGCGCCAAAGAGCACGACCAAGUCGACGACACUAGGCUUUUAUCAUCCGGAGCUAGAGGACAAGUCCAAGUACCGUUCGGGGUCGUAUUUCUCACAGCACAUCACAGUCGGCCAGUGGCUCGACUACAGCAAUGCAACGCCAUCGUCGCAAAUCAAGACGAAGCAACGAGAGCGGGCGCAGAGUCUUGCGGGCCACAAGCCGUCUUCGUCCGAGUUGGAGAUGUCCGAGAUGGAAUCGCUAUUCCGCGGUGCGUUUAGCAGUUUUGCACCAUCCAAGGAUGACUCGGCCGCUCUGGUGCCGGCAGCACAAAUGGGACACAUGUGGUGGCAGCGUGUUGGCCACCGGGUGUUCCAGCGCAUGGUGGACGCGGAGUUUGCAGUGGAGGACGACGAUGUGACCAUUGCGGACGGCUAUGGGGUUCCUUGGAUGGCGAAUGGCGCUAGCUCUAGCCCCGUUCUGGACGAGGAAGCUCUUCAGAAGACUAUAGAAGAGUGGGACGACAGCCUCGUGGACCCAUCUCUCGAGAACGUGAUGGGCCAGAAGCCGGAUACGGACAAGGACGUGAACGACCUGCUCCAAGACGUAUCGGACCUGAUCAUCACGCUGGCAUCAUACCAGCGCAACCGCAACCUGACGCUUCCGACCAGCCAGGAUCGUUUCUCGGCGGAUCCUGUCAAUGCGGACAUGUUGCGCAACGGCACACUCGCGCAGCAGCCAAGCGAGGAGGAAAUGGUGACAUACCAGGCCCUAAAGGCCCAGCUUGCACUGAUUAUCCAGAGCCUGCCGCCGUAUGCAGUGGCACGGUUGAACUCGGACCGACUGGCCGAACUCAACAUUAGCACGAAGAUUGAGGUGCGCAGCGAAGAAUACCGGGGCGUGAUGGAGGAGGAUGAGGCAGUGCUCCGGGCGCGACAGGCUGCCGCGCAAGCACAGGCGGCAGCAAGCACACCACAGCGUGCACCAGGCCACCGAGCCGGGAGCGUAUCGAACCACGGAUACGGCCAGCAGUUUAGCGCGCCUAGCCGGUCGCCGAUGCCGGCGACAGCGGCAUUCUACCAGACUCCGGGACGGGCGACACCGCAGCAUCGGCAACCGUCAUUGACACAGGGCCAACAGUUCCGUGCAGCGGCAAACGGAUAUGGGAACUACACACCCACGGCUGUCAAGGUGCAGCAGCCGCCGUUCCGGGGCCCACCACCGGGAGGGCCUCUGUAUCCGGGCACGCCCGGUGGCCAAGCAGCGGUUCCGGCACACCUGUCACCGCAGCGGGUUGCGGCCCAGCCACAGCCAGGGGCGUAUGGAUCCCCUGCCGUGCAGACAGCAGGCGCUCCGCCACAGUUCCGGUACCAGCCAGGCAGCUUUGGGGCUGGCGGGUAUCCGCAGCAGCAACAGGUGCCGGCGCAGCCAGUGCCACAGCCGGGAGUCCCACCACAACAGCAACGGCUUGGCCAACAGCCGGUGGGAUACACACCGUCACCAGCGAAUGGGGCAAACCACGUGGGACAGCAGCAGCAGCCACGGCCAGGCCAGGUGCCUCCGCCGGUGUCCAGCCCUCAGCCGCGGGCGCAGAUGCCGUAUAGCGCUGGCAUUCCGAGCCAGAUGACUCCAGGACAGCAGCAGCUGCAGGCUCGGGCACCCUUUGGAGGUGUGCCAGUGCCGAUGCAGGGAAUGCCGGCCGGAGCAGGACAGCGGCACUUCAGCGCGAGCGCGCAGGGCGGAGCAGUUCCUGGUGGACCAGGCAGCGGGGCGAACCUGGGGCCGUUUGGUUACCAUACAGUGAUGGACCAGCCACAGCAGCAGCGGUUGAUGGAACAGGCACGAGCACGGGCAUCGGCACACGAGCGGACACUGGGGUUUGCAGACAAGAUGUCGCAGGGUGGCGUGGGCCCGAUUGGCGGGCUUGCGGGCAUGGGACCAGGCGGCAACGUCGACAUGGCCAAGCUAGCGGCAGCACGGGCGAACAUGCCAGGCAGCGCAGGACCGCGAGUGGCACAGCCACAGCAGAUAUUGCAGCAGCAGCAGCAGCAGCACGGAUUUCCGCAAGGAGUGCCAUCGCCAUCGCCGGUGACGUCGAGUGUGUCGCCAGCUCCCAGCGGCGGGUUCCAACGGCCGUCGUGA